AAUAUUCUGUAAAAUAUCCUCAAACAAUAUUUAACACUUUGUGAUUUCAUCAUCAUCACUACCUUUAUGUUCCUGUUCAGUGCGUUUUUGUAUGUAUACUUGUGAUUUAGAUUCACAUAAAGUUGUUAUUUACAUGGUGUCCUACACCAACAUCAUAUUAGCUCCCUAAAAGCUAAUCCUUAAAUCUAAAUGCUUUCUUAGUGGGAAAGGAGAAGACAACACACAAAAAUAAGAGCAAUGAUUUUGGAGACAGACAGAGUUAUCAAAAGGAAAACUAAUCUAUAAUAAUAUUUUGGAAUUUUUAUUUUUUGGUAUUGAUUUGGAUGAUUGAUGAUUCUAUCCUGAGUUGUUUCAAGAAGAUGAAAAUUAUUUGGAGUGAAAGAUGUUUAUGUUGUUGAUCUAAGUUUUUGUUGGAAGGAAGAAAAAUAAGUUUCUUUUUUUGCCUUAACCCUUUACCAAAUAUUGUUUCAGCUAGUAUUCAAACUCGAGUUAUGAUAUACUAAUUGAAGUUAUUAGAACAAAAGGGGUUCAUUAGUUUGGUGAAUUGUAUCCAAUGGAAACAGAAACAGAAGCUAUGCAGCCUCAAGCUGCACCAGCAAAACCCCUAAGGAAGAAAAUGACGAAACAGUUGACAGGGAAACGCGACGAUACACCUUUACAUUCAGCAGCAAGAGCAGGAAACAUGGCUUCAUUGAAGGACACAGUUGCUGGUGCUGAAGAGGGUAAACUGCAUGAAUUGUUUGCAAAGCAGAACCAAGGUGGAGAAACAGCACUUUAUGUUGCUGCUGAGUAUGGUUAUGUUGAUUUUGUUAGGGAGAUGAUUCAGUAUUAUGAUCUUUCUGAUGCUGGAAUUAAAGCUAGGAAUGGUUUUGAUGCACUUCAUAUUGCUGCUAAACAAGGGGAUUUAGAUAUACUAAAGAUCCUAAUGGAAGCUCAUCCAGAAUUAUCAAUGACAGUGGAUCCAUCCAACACCACAGCCUUACACACAGCUGCAACACAAGGACACACUGAGAUAGUCAAAUUUCUAUUAGAAGCAGGUAGUAGCUUAGCAACAAUAGCUAGAAGCAAUGGUAAAACAGCUUUGCAUUCUGCUGCAAGAAACGGACAUUUGGAUGUCGUGAAAGCGAUUCUCGAGAAGGAACCCGGGGUUGUUACAAGAACCGAUAAAAAGGGACAAACAGCGCUUCACAUGGCAGUGAAGGGACAGAAUCUCGAGGUGGUAGAGGAAUUGAUAAAAGCAGAUCCUUCAUCAAUCAAUAUGGUUGAUAAUAAGGGUAAUACUGCAUUGCAUAUAGCUACCAGAAAGGGAAGAAUUCAGAUAAUUAAGUUGCUACUAGGACAGAAUGAAACAAAUGGUAUGGCAAUAAACAAAAGUGGUGAAACAGCAUUAGACACAGCAGAGAAAACAGGAAACAGUCAAGUAAAAGAAAUUCUAAUAGAACAUGGUAUUCAAAUUGGAAAAUCAAUAAAAUCUCAACCAACAACAACAACAGCCAGAGAGCUAAAACAAACAGUAAGUGACAUAAAACAUGAAGUCCAUCACCAACUAGAACACACUCGCCAAACGCGAAAAAGCGUCCAAGGAAUAGCAAAACGCCUCAACAAAAUGCACACAGAAGGACUCAACAAUGCAAUAAACUCAACAAUAGUCGUUGCAGUACUAAUUGCAACGGUGGCAUUCGCCGCUAUAUUCACUGUCCCCGGUCAAUUUGUGGACGAUCCAAAACACAUUCCUGCAGGAAAGUCGCUGGGGGAAGCCAACAUUGCUCCGAAGGCAGCGUUUCUAAUCUUCUUCGUGUUUGAUUCGGUUGCGCUAUUCAUUUCGUUAGCAGUGGUGGUGGUGCAAACUUCAAUUGUUGUCAUUGAAAGUAAAGCAAAGAAGCAAAUGAUGGCUAUAAUUAACAAACUAAUGUGGUUGGCUUGUGUGUUAAUUUCAGUGUCGUUUUUGGCAUUGUCGUUUUUGGUUGUGGGAAAAGAUGAAAGGUGGCUUGCAAUUUCGGUAACAAUCAUUGGGACUAUUAUAAUGGCUACUACAUUGGGUACUAUGUGUUACUGGGUUAUUAGGCAUAGAAUUGAGGCUUCUAAUUUGAGGAGUAUACGUAAAUCUUCAUUGGGAAGUAGGUCAAGGUCAUUUUCGGUAUCAGUUAUGUCUGAUUCUGAGAUAUUGAAUAAUGACCGUAGGAAAAUGUAUGCUAUUUAGUGCCCUCAUAUAUAUUAAUCCAAUUAUUAUAAUGAGGGUGGCUUACCAAUGUAUAUGACUACUAUUGAGUAUUAUUAUAUCACUACUCACUAGACUUGCCUAAUGUUAUUCAUAAUAUGCAUAAAUAGUCUCCUUUUACCGUC